CCAUUUAUUCACUUACUAACAGCUCCCUAACACGCACUAUCUCUGGCCCUUUUCUCUCGUUCUGUCUUUCUUGAUCUGUCUUGGACAAUGUUUUGUAUUCUCUCUGGACUACUUUUGCUUUUUCUGGAUCCAUCUAUGAUCUAUGGUAGGAGAUCUUCUAAGAUUUCAAUCAAUGAGUUUUGUUACAUGAACAUCUCUGACAGCGAUGCAGCCACUCUUGUUUGUGGACUUUGAGGAUUUAGGCAAAACGUGUAAUAUAUUAAUAUUAUUACUAUUGUAAUAUAUUAAUAUUGACUUACUAACUCAGCUUUACAAGUUUUUCACUAAACUGCCAACCUGUUUGUGGUUGAAUAGCUUUAAGGCAUAGUACACCCAUAACUAAAAAUUAUGUCAUCAUUUAAUCACCCUCAUGUCAUUUCAAACCUGUUUGAUAUUCUUUCUACUGUGGAAUAAGAGGAGAAAUUUUGUAGAAUGUUAACGGUGCUGUUCUUUCCCAAACAAUGAAAGUGAAUGGUGACUGAGGCUGUCAGUCCCUAUAUUUUUGCCUAACAUCUCCUUUAGCGCUCCGCAGAAGAAAGAAAGUCAAAUGGGUUUGGAACAGCAUAAGGGUCAAACGACGCAAGAUAACAGAACAGCAUUUGAAGAUGAGAGUCUAAGAGUCAAAAUCGAGAAUGCAAAGCAUGCAUUAAACAAAUCUUUUGACACAGAGAAGAGUAACGGCACAUAUGAGGACCAAGAGGAUUUUCAGAAUCAAGAAUCUUUCUACAAAUACAGUCACUGUGAUGAGGAGAGUUUGAAGAUUUAUGGUGAAAUAUUGUGCUGGGCUAACUUCAAUACGAGCAUGAGUAUAGUCGGAGAGGAGAAUUGGUGUAAUAUGGAAAUGGUUGUAAGAAGUUACAACAUGUUAACUGAGUGUCUGGAGUUGACAUCUAAGAGCUUUAUGUGUUACUAUCCUAAUGUGGUGGUGGAGCAGUUAUUCGUGAGAAUUCACCAGCAUUACUUCCGCUUCUGUAGCGAUGAAGAGGAUUUACCAGAUGCCCCGGCAGAAGUCGUGCUCGCAGCCACUCUACUGCCCAUCCUCCUAAUACCCUUCAUAGUGUAUAUUGUAGUGUGGAAGAGUAGUUUAAGGGACUGAUUGCUUUUGCAUUAACCUCCAACACCUCCUGACUGUGUGUGCAGCUUAAAUGAGAGGUUAAGGCCAGCUCUGAGUGUAUAAAGUGCAGCUGCUUCACAGUGAUGUAAGUAAUGUGUUAUGAAUACACACACACACACACACACACACACACACACAGUAGCUGUGGGAUUUCCCACACACUAAUGACUUAACAGGUAUGAUUUAUGAUGAACAUAUAAAUAUAUAUUGUGACUCAGCUGGGCGGUAUGAGGAUCUACUAUAUACUGUGUGAUAGUAAACAUUUUGCUGUACUGUACAUAUCCUGGUAGAUAUAUUAGUGUGACUAUCAGGCAGGAUUUUACAACUGCUUCAAAUGGGGCUUAGCCAUUCAGAAUUUAAAGUCUGAUUUAUCUGCUUUAUAACAUUUCUAGCCAAUGCCAGACUUAUCAAUCAUUUACUAUGAAUAUUCUUAUUGUUUGGUUUGCUUCCAUCAAGGUCCAAAUAAAAAGAGAAAUUAAACAAGUAAAAUGAAAUACUUUCAUUUGUAAAGUAUAUACUAAAAUAGGCCUUAUCACAUGGUUAUUUAAUAUAUAUACCAUUUUUUUAUAUAUAUAUAAAACCUUUUUUCAAUGCAUAAACCAUUUUUCUUUGAAUUUCCAGCAGGAAUUUUUAUAUUGGUUAUAUUAUUAAUAUAAUAUUACUCAUAAUGUAAUAUAUGAUUUUGGUCAUACCACCCUCCCAGUUGUGAUUCUGAAUCUAAACUAUGACUUAAAUACAAAAUUUCCACAAUGUUUUAAAAUGUGUGUGUUUUUUUUUUAAAUCAGUUUACAGUUAUUAAUAAAGUGUGAUAUUUUAUUUUU